ACUCACAUUGAAAAGCUUGGGAGCCCUAACAGGGUGUUGAUGGCGGGGGCGAUAAAUAAAUAAAUAAAUGACACUCUGCGCGUGCGGUGGAGAAGAAAGGAGGGGGAGGGAGAGGAAAGGCGAGGAGAGAGAAAAGGAAAAGUAGGGAGAGGAGAACAAGGAGGAGAAAGCUUAGAGGCGAAAGGGAAACGGGAGUCAAAGAAAGAAGAGAAAGAAGAAAGGGGAGAGGAGGACGGUAAGGCUGUUCAGGACUGAAAUGACCCUGGCUUUGUACAGACUUGGGAGGACUACCCCUGCCAGGUGCCCGGAGGGACCUGGGGAAGUCCUACCGCCCCGAGCUCCUCCCCCAGGGACCUCAGGGGUGUCUGAGCGCUGGCCGCCGCUCCCCCAUAAAUUCCUCGUGGCAACCAGAGGAAGCGCGCCAGGUCUCCGCCGUCCCCUCAGUGCCCCGGCUGAUAAUUUACCUCUUUGUCUUUAAUAAAAAGCUGACUUUUUCUGUCAAGCUCUGCACCGGGAAAAUAACAAUCGUAUUUCAGGUUGAAAGCUCCUAUUACUGCUGGGAUUGGGAAGCUGUGAUAAAAUCUUCAUCGACGUGAAGGUACCUUCUAGGUUGGCUUGGGUCGGAAGUCCUAAGAUGGGGGCCGCCCUUCCCCGGGGGCAGGCGUGGUGGGGGCAGCGGCGCGGGGAACCGGGCGGUGCGGAAGGAGGAGGAAGCAGCGAGGUCAGAGGAAACCCGAGGCUCCUGGGGCACCAGAGGGCUUCCCGCAGUCGGGAUGAGCCCUGGGGAGGAGCCUUUCGCGAGAGCGUGAGCGCGCCCCAACACGCCUCAGACCUCGUAAACUCACUUGGCAAAGACCGGCGAAGCGGCUGGCGGACCGACUGCGGUGAACUCAAGAAAUUAACCUGCGCUGCAAUUAAACGGGCUGCCGCCCUUUCAGACUCACCUCGAGCGACCGAGAUAGAAGCUCCCGAACCGGCCGCGGGGGGACCUGGCUCCUCCCUCCCGUCCCAGGAGAAGAGGACAAAAAGGGGAGAUGGACUUGGAGAUGGCCCCGCCCUUCAAACGCUCCAAUCCUUGGAAACUAAACCUCCUCUCCAAGCCUCCACGUCUAGAAGGGACAAAGGCAGCGAGGAGAUCCAGAGACCGGUGGGGAGAUAGGUGGCUUUCGGGCUGCUCCAGUUGGUGCUUUGGGCGAAAGGGACAAUGGCUAAGUUUCCAUUCCAAAUGCCGGAUAGUCUUUAGAAGACCAUCUUCUCGUUUAGGAGCAAAUUGACUUCCCAAAGCCGUGAAGCAAACUCCUGCAAAACUCCCGCAUUUCCCUGCUUUUUUGAAUGUGGGAAGGCUCAAAUGUCAAUGAUGCCAUGCACAAAUUUUUCGACUUUUUUGGAGUCACAAGUUCCUUAACUGUCCACCUAAAAGAACUGAAAAAAAUUAAACGUGGCUGGGGAGUGGGCUUUUUGUUUGCUUUUUUUUAUUGGGGGUAGUUUUCUUCCAAAUGAUAGGAAAGCAUUUGGAUAAAUAAAAGCUGGGUCAAAGAAAGUGUUGUGGCUGAAGGUUUUAGUGAAAACCUUGACAAACUUGGCACUUAAGUAAUUGCAAUUAUGCUUUGCCAUUA